AUUACAAUCCUACGUUAAUGUUGCAGCCAACGUCAACAAAUUAUCUUCUUCGGAUGUCCCUUCAAGUGUCACAGAGAAGAAAAUUGCAGUUGAAUUGCGAUCAGAUGCUAAAAGCUUUGAUACCUCUUCAGCAUUUAUAUCAGAUAACAGACAUGGUAGCAUAGGGGAGGAUACUCAUUCUCUGUCGAAUGAGGUUCAGUCACAAAGUCUUUCAAGUAGUCUGAAUACUGUCAAAUCUGGAUCCUCAAAGAAUGUCAGUGCUAGAAGAGCUGUGUCACAUGCUCAAUAUAAACCUGAGAAAUGGAUGCUACCUGACCAUGCAGAAGAUAGAUUGACACAACUGAAUCUUGCCAUUGUCGGCCAUGUUGAUUCUGGAAAAUCAACACUGUCGGGAAAGCUGCUGUACCUUUCGGGCCGAAUAUCCCAAAAGGAAAUGCACAAAUAUGAAAAGGAGGCUAACGUACAAGGAAAGGGCUCCUUUGCUUUUGCAUGGGCUUUAGAUGAGAGUGCUGAAGAAAGGGAGAGGGGAAUAACAAUGACAGUGGCAGUUGCCUAUUUUGACUCCAAAAGGUAUCACGUUGUGCUGCUUGACUCUCCAGGCCAUAAAGACUUUGUGCCAAACAUGAUAUCUGGGGCAACACAAGCGGAUGCUGCAAUUCUUGUUAUAGAUGCCUCGAUCGGUUCAUUUGAAGCAGGCAUGGACAGCACUGGGGGGCAAACAAGGGAGCAUGCACAACUCAUUAGAAGUUUUGGUGCUGAUCAAGUUAUUGUUGCAAUUAACAAAAUGGAUGUUGUGGAAUACUCCAAGGAACGUUUUGAUACAAUUAAACUGCAACUUGGAACAUUUCUCCGCUCAUGUGGUUUCAAGGAUUCUACUCUGUCAUGGGUCCCUUUGAGUGCUAUUGAAAACCAAAAUUUGAUGGAGGCUGCUUCUGAUGCACGAUUGGUGUCCUGGUUAGUUAUACUGCAUUCAUCAUUUUUAAGUCCUCACAGUUCUGUUGGAGAAUUUCAUCCUUUGUUUAUGAUAAAUUUCUAUCCAAAUGGGAAGUUGCUAUUGCUGUUCAAAUAGUAAUAUGAAUCAAAACACACAAGGAUUCCAAAAAUUUUCUGUAGUUUGGUGCAUAAACAAGUUUGGAUUCAGAUGCAUAGCUGUUUUGAGCUUGAUCUAGCAGAUUUUCUUGAGCUUGUUGAGACUUGAACACUUCAGGGUUUAGACUGUUGAUUGUUCUUGGUUGCUAGAAAAUUUUAUGAUGGCAGCUUGCAGCUGAUAAUGAUGAUGAUAAUACGUUCAGACGCAUAGUUGUUAGUAGGGGUGUGCAGGGUGCGGGUCAGUGCAGUUUAGGGGUAAAAUAGAAACCACACGACGGGUGGUGGAUUGACAAAAUUGACAUUAGAAAUUGCUGUUUUGUUUAUCAAAAACCGAUGGUUCAGUUGACAAAUAAUUGUGGUUUUGACUUGGUGGUUGAGGCGGAUUGGCUAUUUAUUUAAAAAAAAAAAAAAACAUAAUUCAAAUUA